GCUUGCUACGAGUAUAAUUCUAAUCAUGUGUAGUUCAGAACUUAUCGUUUGAUCUUCAACACUUUCUCAUAAAUCAAAGCUAGUUUAUUGGGUUAACUAUGCCGGAUAAAUUGCUCAGUAAUACAACAUGUCAGGAACCAAAGCCGCGCUGAAAGCUAUAAAUGCUGCAGUUCAAUCUCACAAGUAUGAUGAAGCUGUCGAGCAAGCCCGGAAGCUUCUUGAUUCGGAUCCAAAUAGCUACCAGGCGAAUAUAUUCUUAGGAUUUGCCUAUAGUAAACAAGCGAAAUACCCUGAAGCAGAAAAGGCUUACGAUGCUGCAACUAAAGUCAAGGAAGGAGAGCCACAGGCAUGGCAAGGUCUCAUUCAGUUAUACGAGAAGCAGGGUGGUUCCAAGGUUGAGCAAUAUCAAAUAGCAGCUUUGCAGUUAUCUCAAAUCUAUCAAGCUCACGACGACAAAUACAAAUGUCAAGAUGUCAUCGACAAAUUUCUCGCGUUUGCCAAAAAUGAAGGAUCCCGCAUGCAGCACAGGAGAUCCUUGGAAGUCAUUCUACCUGAUAGCCCAAUCUACCAAUAUCUGGAAGGCCGCGUUCAUCAUCCUUCACACACCUAUCAAAUCAUAGCUCAGAUUACCGAGUUCGAAGAGAAAGAGCGUAUCAACAAGGAAAUUGGAGAGCGACGAACAAGAUUAGGUGCCAAGAUUAGUCAAGUAACAGUCGAAGUGAAACGAGAAGUCUUGAAAGAUAGUGAUUUGGAAGAAAUUUACAAUAAUAUCAUAGACUGGACCACCGAUGAUGAGAUUCGCCGUCAAUACGAAGAGAAACUCAUUAAAAGAUGUCUAGACACUCUGGUUGUUCUCCCACCCGGAGACUCAAAGACAGAGAAACGAUCAAAAGUAUUCAAGCUGGCUACAGAUAUGGUUUUAAUUAAGCAUCCGUACAAGCUGGCAUGGGAUAUUGCUAUUGAGUGGCAAGAUCCCGAAUAUGUUCAAGGCUUGGAUGUCAACAAUUUACGCGAAUACAUAUAUUUCUUCCCUGCGAGUGGUCUUGCUCAGGUUCUUCGAGGAUACAUGUCCAGUGAGAUUUCGCCUUUCCCGCCACCGCCACGAACUCCAGCUCCCACGAAUAACGAGAAAAGUGAUGAAAGUAGUUCAGAUGAAGACGACGGAGGAGUGACGUUGGAUGACUUUGCGAUGCUUGCAGAAGAUCGCUUGGCAAUGAUGAUAGAAGGCAUGACGGAUUCUCCCACAUCAGUACUGGCACAUCGUCUCAUGGGAGAGUAUUAUCAAUUUUUAGAUGAGCACGAAAGCGUGGUGGAACUUAUGCGGAACGCAAAUCGGCUUGCAUUAGAAGAAUCCAACAAAAUUGGCAAAAAGCUCAAAAAUGCAUCCCAAUCUUUCAAAGCCAUGUUGGGUACUGCUCUCGUAUUUUAUCAAUCGCCGAAGAAUCAUCCGGAAGCAAAAGCUUUAUUCGAUGGUCUGUUGAAAGAAAAUCCCACCUCAACUCCUGCUCUCAUAGGAAUUGGUUUGAUUUAUGAGGAAGAAGACGACUUUGUUGCCGCUAUUGACUUCCUUGAACGUGCUUUACAACGAGAUCCUACGAAUAUCCGAGUUAAGGCUGAAGCAGCAUGGGUCAAGGCUAUUAAUGGCGACUAUCUUCGUGGAUGUGAGGAGUUAGAAGAGUGCUUACCUCAAAUCGAAGCCAAAGAUAUGAAGUCUCGAGACUUACUGGCCCAAACACAAUAUCGUGUUGGUGUUUGCUUAUGGAACAUAGAUACUUCGAAAUCUGCACGCAAGGACAGAAAGGGAGCAUAUUCAUAUUUCCUGGCAUCACUGAAAAGUAACCUUAAUUUUGCUCCGGCAUAUACUAGUCUGGGCAUAUUCUACGCAGACUACUCGAAUGACAAAAAGAGAUCUCGAAAGUGUUUUCAGAAAGCUUUUGAGCUUUCAUCCUCGGAAGUGGAAGCUGCUGAGCGCUUGGCUAGGAUAUUCGCAGGCCAGGGCGAGUGGGAGCUGGUCGAAUCAGUUGCUCAACGAGUUGUCAAUUCGGGAAAGGUCAGACCAGCACCUGGCUCGAAGAAAAAGGGCAUCAGUUGGCCAUUUGCUGCACUUGGAACUGCCGAGUUGAAUAAACAAGACUACUCCAAGAGCAUUGUUUCUUUCCAAUCCGCACUGCGCAUCACACCUUCUGAUUAUCAUUCAUGGGUCGGCCUAGGCGAAAGUUAUCACAAUUCCGGACGUUACAUUGCUGCAACAAAAGCUUUUCACCAUGCGGAACAAUUCGAGAGCGAAAUUGAGCAAAGACAGGAUGGUGAGACCUGGUUUGCAAAGCAUAUGCUCGCCAAUGUAAAGCGUGAGCUAGGAAACUUCGAUGAUGCCAUUGAGGGCUAUAAAUCUGUACUUCAAAAUCGUCCCGCGGAAUUUGGUGUUUCUAUUGCUCUGAUUCAGACUUUGGUUGAUAGUGCCUGGGAUAGUAUUGAGAAAGGGCUUUUUGGACAAGCAGCUCAACGUGCGACCGAGGCUAUUGAAGUUGCUAGUCAAGUUUUCGAGAGCAGAGCUGAUGCUUUCAACCUCUGGCGAGCUGUAGGCGAUGCUUGUGCUGUUUACUCUUGGGUUUGGAGCCGCAUCAACGAGUUCCCAGAUGUGAAUAUCAAAAAAUUGCUUGAAGAAUGGGCAACUACUUAUGAUGUUUUUGCAGACGUCGAUGGAGUAUCUGUUGAUGUCGUUUUAGCAAAGGGACUAUUUCCUGCCGAUGAAGAGGAUGGAGUGCGCCGAACUCGAUGUCUUCAUGCAGCGAUUCUAGCCCACAAGCGAGCUAUACAUUCCUCAUCUCACGAUACACACGCCCAGGCAGUUGCUUAUUACAAUCUCGGUUGGAUUGAGCAUCGUGCCCAUGUCUGUUUGGCACCUAGUUUGAAAAAGAAAUCUACCAGAUAUCAGAAAGCCGCAGUUCGAUGUUUCAAAAGAGCUAUCGAAUUAGAAGCAGGCAACUCAGAGUUCUGGAACGCGUUGGGUAUAGUUACCAGUGAUCUAAAUCCAAAGGUUGCACAGCAUUCUUUUGUUCGAAGUCUCUACUUGAAUGAGAGAAGUGCUCAGACAUGGACUAAUUUAGGAUCAUUAUAUUUACAACAGAAUGAUCACCAGCUUGCCAAUGAUGCCUUUACAAGAGCUCAGUCUACUGAUCCGGAUUACUCGCAUGCUUGGAUUGGACAGGGACUUCUUGCUCUCAUGUUGGGCGAUGCGAAGGAAGCCAAUCUCCUUUUUACUCAUGCCAUGGAGAUUUCUGGAUCGUCUUCUUUAAUCACGCAUCGGCAAUACUCACAGUCAACUUUUGAUCAAGUUCUGGCUGCGAAGAAUGUCACCAAUGUAGCAGACUUGGUUCAGCCUUUGUUUGCGCUGAACCAAGUCCAAUCGAUGGCUCCUGAUGAUCUUGUCUCAAAGCAUCUCUCAGCACUUUUUUCUGAGCGUACACAUGAUAUUUCUUCAGCUGUAACAACCUUGACCACAAUUUGUGGAGCGGCUGAAGCCGAUUACGAAGUUACAGAAUCACCAGAAUCAUUAUCUCGAUUUGCUUUGGCCAAAGCAGAUCUCGCUCGAUCUCAAUUGGCAAAUGAGCAAUAUGAAGAAGCUGUAGAAAGUGGAGACCUCGCUUUACAACUCUGUGAUGAAGAUAGUGGCAAUGAGCUUUCUGCAGAAGAUCGUCAGAAAUGUAGACUAUCUGCUCAUCUUACUGUCGGCCUAGCCCAUUACUACCUGAAAAAUCUCGAUACCGCUCUUGAGUAUUUUGAGCCCGCUCUCAAAGAAUCUAAAGGAAACCCCGAUGCAGUAUGCGUCUUUGCUCAAGUUUUAUGGGCUCAUGGCACCGAAUCAUCCCGCUCCAAAGCACAAGAUAUUCUCUAUGAAUGUGUGGAGUCUCAUCCUAAUCACGUACAAUCAGUGUUACUUCUCGGAAUCAUAGCUCUAUUCAAUUCAGAUACCGAAGGCAUCGAAGCAGUAACUGCGGAGUUACAAACUCUCCGCACUGAUAAGGUUAUUACGGAUGCAGAACAAGCAUGUGUUGGCGAAGUUCUUCGUUCCAUUGCUGCAUUUGCCGAAGAGGAUUCGCAGAUUCAAGUAAUGAGCGAGGUCCAGAAAGAUGUGAUUCUUCAUCCAGGUUCAACCCAUGUUUGGUCGAGAUUGGCAGCUACGACUGGUGAUGCAAAGGCGGCUGAGAUGGCAGUACUGACAGCGAAGAAAUCCGUCCCUCCACGUGGAGUCUUAGGUGCUGAGGAUUUAUCAAUUGCGUAUGCCGGUACUGGAAAGCUCGGUGACGCUCAGAGGGGUAUUAUGGUUGCACCAUGGAAGAAGGAUGCGUGGGAUGCUUUCAGUAAUGGUAUCUCUACAUAGUGCGCUAUAUCUCAAGUCGAGAUUAGUAUGAUUAAUGACCAACUAAACGUCGUCGCAUGGACGCAAAAAAGUAUCUUUCUAUGUAUGGCAUACUAUCUCAUGUAUCAUAUACAGUAUUCUUCAAGACGCAUUAUGAAUGAAAACCAUUGCUUAUAUCCAAAACCGAAUAU